AUGAGAGAGUGUCAGUAUGGCUGGAGAACGGAAGAAGGUUUCAACAUUCCGUUUUUGGGUGUCAUCUUCCGCCACCCAGCAGUCUAUUAUCUCACUGUGGGUCCUGGCGUUCCACCAAAGCACAUCUGCGGCUUGCAGCAGGCUAAUCAAACGGCCUACCACCGUUUUAACUUCACCAUCUCCAGAAGAUUUGAAGAGAUUACUAGGAAAACUUACAUCUGUGCUGAUCUGCUUGCACUUCAACGUUUCAUGACUGGGUAUAAGAAUGAGCUCGUGGAACGAACUAGAAAACGCACUAUUGAUGUUGCUUUCGGUGACUUCCUAACUUAUUUCCCGGCAUUUUCACAUGCACAUACUUUUGCCUGGCCAAUUCCUCGGGGACCUGCCGCUGCACCCACUCCUCCAGUUGUGCUUGUAACAGCUGUACCACCUCCCAACGCCUAG